GCCUAGACAUGUUCUCUGAUUGGCUCCACAAUAAUACGAGGGUGAGCCCUAACUUGUAUCCUUAUCGCACCAUUCGCAACUCUAAUCGUGCCAUCAUCAGAACAUAAUCCCGCUUUGAUAGUUUUUGCGGCUACUGGCAGUGUCACACACAAAACAAACACAAAACAAACACAAUUACUAUGCAUAUCUCUCAAACAUCAGAUCAACUUUCGUCAUCCCCCAAGGCAUUCCCUAAUUGCUGCUUGGCUAUCUCCUCUUCGUUUAUCUCGACCAUUGCCUCGAUCCUGCCGAAGAAACCGAGUUUCACCGCCUCUAUCGGCAGCGGAUCGGGGUUCUUGGAAGCACUUAUUACACACCGGCAUCCCAACGUGUACGUGGAAGGGGUAGAGGUCAAUGAUUCUGUUAAUCGCUAUAUUUCCGAAGAUCGUAUGAAUGUUGUUGCUGGAACGUGGGACCUCCACCCCCGUGUCUCAAAAGCUAAGGCGUGGUUGUUUGUCUACCCGCGCGAACCAAAGCUGAUCAUGAAAUACAUUGAUACAUAUGGUGGCCAUGGUGUUGAGAUGAUCAUAUGGCUAGGGCCACAGGCUGACUGGCCAGAGUAUGAGUUACACUUUUGCCAAUCCUCAUUCUCGAAUUUGAACUUUCCGGAGGAAAGUGGGCUAGCACCGUAUGAGAUAAUGGCAAUUGCUAGAAGGAAGCCUUGUUAACCCAGGAAAUCACUAUAUUUCUAGGGAAUGAUGCAUGAUCAGUCUCCACUGAAAGCAACUAUGAUCAAGGUAAACAUAUUGGCUUAAUAUCUUUGCCCGAUCAAAGUAAUCAGAGAAGGCUUCGUUACUACAACAUUGAAAACUGGCUAUUUCGCUCUAUGAGAUAUACCCACUCUCCAGAAGUGCCGGUUAGAAGAGCAUCGGACUAUUUCAUGAAAUUGUCUAUAACUCAAUCACCAAAUCAUUGCUUGGAAUAUUCUUACCGCUACACAUGGUUAAAAAGAAAGAAA